UUGAAAAAAAAAAGUGAUCAUCACUUAGACCAAAAGAAAUAUGAGGGACACAAGGAAUCACAAUGCCAUGACAAGAAAAUGACAAAACGAAAGGAGUGGUAGCAAGAAACAGAAAGCAAGCAAGGAUAUAUGUAUAUAUCCCUGCUAUAAUAGUACAAUGAUGCAGCUAUAGUUUUAUUAUGAAUCCAUCUGUCUGUAUAUAGACUAACAAUAGCCCCCAUUUUUGAACCAACCCAAAUAAAGUCACUGCUUUUUUUCAGUUUUGUCUUAAAUAUAAUUCAUAUCUCGUGGCAAAUAUCUCUGCAAAAGCUGCACAUAAACUUCAGAAUCCUCUCUAUAAAUAUAAAUGACAUUAAUUCCAUUGUUUCCCAUUAGGCACACAACUCUAAUAACUCCCUUUUGUUACUUAAUUACUCUGGAAAAAUGACUUUGGAAGCGAAUGAAAAAAGAGUGACCAAACAACAAACAGGUGGUGUGCAAGAACCUGAUCAUCAACUUCCUUGCCCACGUUGUGACUCUAUCAAUACAAAAUUUUGCUACUACAACAACUAUAAUUUGUCUCAGCCACGCCAUUUCUGCAAGUCUUGCCGCCGUUACUGGACUCAAGGCGGUACAUUACGUGACAUCCCUAUUGGUGGGGGCAGCCGCAAAAAUGCCAAGCGCUCCCGCAUUUAUACCACUACCCCGUUUUCCUCCUCCACUGUUUCCGUUUCUCCUCCCGCAGUACCCGGCAAUUCUCCGUUUGUGCUUCCUCUUCCUCCUGCAGCCAAUCAAUUACUUUUUGGUAGCGAUGUGAAGCCUAUCAAUAAUUUCACGUCGUUGUUGAGUUCUCAUGGACCUGGGGUUUUAGCGCUUGGUGGAAUUGAGGAUAUGGGAUUUGGUAUUGGAAGAGCUGCUGUUUGGCCAUUUCCCGGAGCUCCGGAUUCGUAUGGUCGGAAUUAUAACAGUGGUGGCGGAGCCGGCAUGUGGCAGCUCUCCGGCGGAGAGGGAGGAUUUAUUGGAAGUGGAUAUUAUUUUAAUUAAUUAAUUAAAAUGUUUUUGAGUAUGCGUUAGUUUUAUGUAACAGACUACUACUAAUUGUUUUUUGUAACUUAAUUAGGCUAAGUAGGUUUUUAAUGUUGGUAUAUCUUGUCAUCAAGAUUUGCAAGCGCCAGUGACUAGAUG